AUGACACACCAAGCACACUCCUACCAUAUAGUAGACCCUAGCCCCUGACCAAUCUUUGGAGCGGCCGCCGCCCUCCUGACUACCUCCGGACUAACCAUGUGAUUCCACUAUCACUCCCCAUACCUACUCCUGAUGGGCCUCACCUCCACCGCCCUAGUGAUAAUUCAAUGAUGACGAGACAUUAUCCGAGAAAGCACAUUCCAAGGCCACCAUACACCUGCCGUACAAAAAGGCCUACGAUAUGGAAUAGUCCUAUUCAUUACAUCAGAAGCAUUCUUCUUCCUAGGAUUCUUCUGAGCAUUCUUCCACUCCAGCCUAGCCCCUACCCCAGAACUAGGGGGCCAAUGACCCCCCGUUGGGAUUAAACCCCUCAACCCAAUGGAUGUUCCCCUCCUAAAUACUGCCAUUCUCCUAGCUUCAGGAGUCACUGUCACAUGAGCCCAUCACAGCAUCACGGAAGCCAACCGAAAACAGGCAAUCCAAGCCCUCACCUUAACAGUCCUACUAGGAUUCUACUUCACCGCUCUUCAAGCCAUAGAAUACUACGAGGCCCCAUUCUCCAUUGCUGACGGAGUUUAUGGUUCCACCUUCUUCGUUGCCACUGGGUUCCAUGGCCUCCAUGUCAUCAUUGGCUCAACGUUCCUCUUAGUAUGCCUUCUACGCCUAAUCAAAUACCACUUUACACCAAAACACCACUUUGGCUUUGAGGCAGCAGCCUGAUACUGACAUUUCGUAGACGUUGUAUGACUAUUCCUCUACGUAUCUAUUUACUGAUGAGGAUCCU